AAAUCCAAUAAAAAAAUCAUGAAGGCGUUGUUGUUGUUACUCGGGUGAGUGGGUGUGAGGCCCGAUCAUCGGUGGAUGAUCGCAGGCCUGGGCCCGAUAAGUAUACACCAUCGGAAGACUAAAUUAUCCGGGACAAGCUUCCGUCCAACACAGAGCAGCGGUCCACACCAGGCCAGAGCCCGGCACGUCGAUUCUCCAUCCGGUAGAUCCCUGCUCGUGUGCUUGUCAGGUGGAAGGCUCCAAGUGUCAUCAGUGUCGAAGGACAAACAGUUCAAAAUCAUUCCAGUUUAUUGAGGACCGAGAAAAAUAGAGCAGUAAUCAAAACAUCUGCCGCCGACUACGUCGUAUUUUUCAGUCGUUGCGUGUCUGUGCUUUCUCGUUGGCACUGACUGCUCCUUGUAGCACACCACCCUCCACAACAUCAACAGUUUUGAUCUUUUUUUUUUUUUUAUUUGAGGCACAGCAGUUUAAUAAUGGAUGACAUUGAAGUGAAGGAGGGCUACCUGUGCCCAAUCUGCGUCAAGGACUUGGGGACUAUCGAAGAGCUGACCGCUCACUUCGAAGCCGCCCAUUCCGCAGAAGAGAAGGACGUGCUCCAGUCUCUGAAGGGCCUUAUUGGGCGUGCAAAACGAAAGAUCCUCAAAGAGAAAGAUCUGGGUGACAGCCGUGCCGAAGAGGACGACAACGGACCUGACAGCUUUUCCAGGCUCAACUGGGACUAUCAGGAAAUUGGCGCGACGCAGAGGCACACAGAGGCCUUUCGGAGCAUCAGGUCCCAACGUGUGGAGCGGUAUGUGAGCCAGACCAACAAGCUGCUCAUUCGUCUCGGCAAACUGCUCUCGGACGCUCCUGCUGAUCCCGAAAAGCGUAAAGCUCACGAGAAGUCCAUAGUGCCCUGGAUUCAAGACGGGGAUGUGAAGCUGUGUCCGGGGUGUGCCAAGCCCUUCAACCUUUCACGCAGGAGGCACCACUGCAGGCUCUGUGGUGGCAUCAUGUGCCAUGUGUGCUCCCAAUUCUUAGACUUUGCCCUCGCAAGGAAGCUGAUGAACCUCACGGCUUUGAGCACCCCGAGGAGCAGCGUUGCCGGCCCGUUGCCCGAAACCUCUUUACGGGUGUGCAGGGACUGCCUGCACCUGCUCAACCGCAGGGACCAGCUCAGGGACCAGGGCACACCCAAACUCGUGGUCAUGUACCAGAAAAUGAAACAGUCCAUGGAUGAAGCAGAACAUAUUUUGCCACAGUACUACAAGAUCAUAGACUCCUUACAUAAUGGCCAAACAAGUCAUACCUUGGAAGAAGCCCAGAUGCUCAGAGUCCAGCUCACCAAAAUUGCUGAGAGGGUGGACCUCCUCAGCCGCCAGAUCGGUGCUCUGGGGUCCGAGGAAGGUGGGGGCCCGUCCCCCCGUGCCCUGCAGCUGCAGGGAGGGGUGCGUCUGGCGGCCAGCCACUUCCUGCGGCAGUGGCUGCUGGGGCUGCCCGGACCCCCCUCCCCCGAGGAGCUGCAGAGGCUGCAGGGGGCCCGCAGGGAGCAGCUGCAGCAGCAGAUCCAGAGGGACAAGGCCUCCGCUCUGCAGGCUCAAAGGAGAUCCUCGCAGCAGCAGCCGCAGCAGCAGCAGCAGCAUCAGCAGCAUUCGCCGGGGCCACCUCGAGCGAGUCCGGCGGAAGCGGUGGCCGAGGCGGCCGAGAGCGGCUGGAGCCCCGCCAGCGUCGCCAGCGGCUCGGCAGGGCAGGACCCCAUGGUGCUACAGAUGGGAAUCAUCCGGGGCUACAUCCGGCAGGCGCGGGAGGCCAGGCGCUACGAUGAGGUGGCCAUCCUCGAGGCCAACCUCAAGGAGCUCAAGCGGGAGUACAUGAGCAUGACCCUGGGGCAGCCACCAGGGAGGGAAUCCUAGUCGGCGCACUUGCCACCGGGCCCCCUCGCUUCACCCCACACCGGCGCCGGAGGGAGUUCCGGCACAGAAAGGCUGCAGGCCAAAGCCAAGUGCUUUGUCGCCCCGUCCUCCCGAGCUCCAGUCCUCGCAAAAGAUGCUCGCUUCCGACGGUCGCGAGGAAGCCAAGAGGCUCGCUCGUUCACAAACUUGCGACUGCUUACAGCUGUCUGCGCCAAAACCUUUUAAAACCUGACAAGAGAACACACCGGCACCAUCUAUACCAUGGAACACUUGCAGUUUCCCCUACACUUUCCAUUCUUUCUUUGUUUUGCUGAAAAAACUUUUGACAAUGUUAUACCAUCUCUCAUAGAGAGGAUGUGCAUUUCAUCUAGCAAAUACCACCUUCACUCUGGUGAAAUGCUGUUCCAGGGUCACCUCAUAGAUGGCGCCAGCGUGCCACCGUGUUCUCUUAUGGCAAGAAAUCGCAAGAAGUCGGUCCUAAGCAAGGGUGUGAACAGGCCGUGUGUGCAGGGAGCGUCUCGUAGCGCUUAGCCACAAAGGUCACACGGCACAACAAAAAGCUCUAGCAUUUUCUCCCAAGCUCGCCGAGUUACGCGAUCCAAAGUGGAAGGCGCUUAAUUGCUCUCGUCUUUCAUCCGCCGCCUUGAGACUCGACGUGAACGCUCCGCUCGAAAGAAGACUUUUCGGUGACAAGGUGCUCAAAAAUUACUUAGGAUUAUUUUUUGUUAUUGUCUCGGUAACUAGGAUGUUGAGCUUCUUUUCCCCCAGACAAUAAGCCCUUUGGGAUCAAAAAUCUGGAGGUGACGAUGUUUGAAAAUAUAAUGUAAUAUUUUUUUCGUAAAAGUAUGUUUUACGUUUACUUAGAGAACCCAUCUCGAGUGUCCCUGGUCUGGUGCGACAUAACCGUGUACAGUGAAACACAUUUAUGGUUAUAGUUCAAUCUAUGAAACCGUCAGUGUCCUAUUAUUUGGGUUCGGAUAUAGUAAAAUAUGACCGGUUUUGUGCAUUGUGCAUGUUUGACAGGAUUACCAGCCUCAUCUUUGUACAUAGCAUGUUAAUGUUGCAUUUCAAUAUAAUGUAGAUAAUGUUCCGGUCGUUCCAUUCUAUGGCUGUCUGCAGACUCUUGCUCAUGAAGACAUGAUAGACGGCAGUGUAUAGUCAAAGGGACUCGAAGAAAGACAAGGAUGACAGAGAGAGGAAUAUUCUUACAACACCUGGAUGUACAUCAGUGCGAGCGCUUCUCGGUGUCUUGGGAUGUUGACUGCAGUGUGGUGUUUGAAAGGUGCUGUUUGCUGCUCACACAUCAGCUGUCUUUGUAAACCUUGGAAUCAAUCUUUUGUGCAAUUGUAACAUAUUGUGCCAGUAAGCUACCGAGAAUAAAAGAAAUCUAUUUCAACAUUAA